CAUUUUUAAAUUCACACAACAAUGCGCAACUAGACCGUUUCGUGAGUACUUACUAAGUCCGCUAUAAACUGCUUUGCGACCAAUCGUAGGUCUCGGCGGAGUUCUACUGUCAGCUGUAAUAUAGCGCUGGUGUCAACUUGAGUUCACUGUUUUACGAGUCAUUACAGCUAUUGCGUACAGUAGGCGUGUUCCGUCGGUAUCAAGAUGAACCCUCUUCACAUCUCUGCUGGAUUGCUCUGUGUUCUGAUAGGCCUUCUCUCAUCAUGCAAAGGAUCGUGCAUCGAUAACAAUAGUCUCUGUAGCUAUUGGAAGUCCAAAGGUUACUGCUCCUCCUACAAAAACUUAAUGAAGAUAUACUGCCAGAAAACGUGCGCUCUGUGUGAUGGCGGCGGUGGAGGGACUGCAGGGCCCUGCACGGACAGCAAUCAGAUGUGCCCCCAGUGGGCAACAAAUGGAGAGUGCUCUAAGAACGCUGAUUGGAUGAAAGCCAACUGUGCCAAGAGUUGCAAUUCCUGCGGAGGGGGAGGGGGGAGAGGGGACUGUACAGACAGCCAGCAGAUGUGCUUGGUGUGGGCAAAGAAUGGCGAGUGUCAGAAGAACAAAGACUGGAUGAGUGCGAACUGCAAAAAGAGUUGUAAUACGUGUACUAACGGAGGGAGCGAGACAACAAGAUCGUGCAUCGAUAACAAUAACCUCUGUAGCUAUUGGAAGUCCAAAGGUUACUGCUCCUCCUACAAAGACUUAAUGAAGAUAUACUGCCAGAAAACGUGCGCCCUGUGUGAUGGCGGCGGUGGAGGGACUGCAGAGCCCUGCACGGACAGCAAUCAGAUGUGCCCCCAGUGGGCAACAAAUGGAGAGUGUUCUAAGAACGCUGAUUGGAUGAAAGCCAACUGUGCCAAGAGUUGCAAUUCCUGCGGAGGGGGAGGGGGGAGAGGGGACUGUACAGACAGCCAGCAGAUGUGCUUGGUGUGGGCAAAGAAUGGCGAGUGUCAGAAGAACAAAGACUGGAUGAGUGCGAACUGCAAAAAGAGUUGUAAUACGUGUACUAACGAAGGGAGCGAGACAACAAGAUCGUGCAUCGAUAACAAUAACCUCUGUAGCUAUUGGAAGUCCAAAGGUUACUGCUCCUCCUACAAAAACUUAAUGAAGAUAUACUGCCAGAAAACGUGCGCCCUGUGUGAUGGCGGCGGUGGAGGGACUGCAGGGCCCUGCACGGACAGCAAUCAGAUGUGCCCCCAGUGGGCAACAAAUGGAGAGUGCUCUAAGAACGCUGAUUGGAUGAAAGCCAACUGUGCCAAGAGUUGCAAUUCCUGCGGAGGGGGAGGGGGGAGAGGGGACUGUACAGACAGCCAACAGAUGUGCUUGGUGUGGGCAAAGAAUGGCGAGUGUCAGAAGAACAAAGACUGGAUGAGUGCGAACUGCAAAAAGAGUUGUAAUACGUGUACUAACGGAGACAGCGAGACAACAAGAUCGUGCAUCGAUAACAAUUACUUCUGUACUUAUUGGAAGUCCAAAGGUUACUGCUCCUCCUACAAAGACUAUAUGAAGAUAAACUGCCUGAAAACGUGCGCCCUGUGUGAUGGCGGCAGUGGAGGGACUGCAGGACCCUGCAAGGACAGCAAUCAGAUGUGCCCCCAGUGGGCAACAAAUGGAGAGUGCUCUAAGAACCCUGAUUGGAUGAAAGCCAACUGUGCCAAGAGUUGCGAUUCCUGCGGAGGGGGAGGGGGGAGAGGGGACUGUACAGACAGCCAGCAGAUGUGCUUGGUGUGGGCAAAGAAUGGCGAGUGUCAGAAGAACAAAGACUGGAUGAGUGCGAACUGCAAAAAGAGUUGUAAUACGUGUACUAACGGAGGGAGCGAGACAACAAGAUCGUGCAUCGAUAACAAUAACCUCUGUAGCUAUUGGAAGUCCAAAGGUUACUGCUCCUCCUACAAAAACUUAAUGAAGAUAUACUGCCAGAAAACGUGCGCCCUGUGUGAUGGCGGCGGUGGAGGGACUGCAGGGCCCUGCACGGACAGCAAUCAGAUGUGCCCCCAGUGGGCAACAAAUGGAGAGUGCUCUAAGAACGCUGAUUGGAUGAAAGCCAACUGUGCCAAGAGUUGCAAUUCCUGCGGAGUGGGAGGAUGGAAAGGGGACUGUACAGACAGCCAGCAGAUGUGCUUGGUGUGGGCAAAGAAUGGCGAGUGUCAGAAGAACAAAGACUGGAUGAGUGCGAACUGCAAAAAGAGUUGUAAUACGUGUACUAACGGAGGGAGCGAGACAACAAGAUCGUGUAUCGAUAACAAUUACUUCUGUAGCUAUUGGAAGUCCAAAGGUUACAGCUCCUCCUACAAAGACUAUAUGAAGAUAAACUGCCUGAAAACGUGCGCCCUGUGUGAUGGCGGCAGUGGAGGGACUGCAGGACCCUGCAAGGACAGCUAUCAGAUGUGCCCCCAGUGGGCAACAAAUGGAGAGUGCUCUAAGAACCCUGAUUGGAUGAAAGCCAACUGUGCCAAGAGUUGCGAUUCCUGCGGAGGGGGAGGGGGGAGAGGGGACUGUACAGACAGCCAGCAGAUGUGCUUGGUGUGGGCAAAGAAUGGCGAGUGUCAGAAGAACAAAGACUGGAUGAGUGCGAACUGCAAAAAGAGUUGUAAUACGUGUACUAACGGAGGGAGCGAGACAACAAGAUCGUGCAUCGAUAACAAUUACUUCUGUAGCUAUUGGAAGUCCAAAGGUUACUGCUCCUCCUACAAAGACUAUAUGAAGAUAAACUGCCUGAAAACGUGCGCCCUGUGUGAUGGCGGCAGUGGAGGGACUGCAGGGCCCUGCAAGGACAGCAAUCAGAUGUGCCCCCAGUGGGCAACAAAUGGAGAGUGCUCUAAGAACGCUGAUUGGAUGAAAGCCAACUGUGCCAAGAGUUGCAAUUCCUGAGGAGGGGGAGGGGGGAGAGGGGACUGUACAGACAGCCAGCAGAUGUGCUUGGUGUGGGCAAAGAAUGGCGAGUGUCAGAAGAACAAAGACUGGAUGAGUGCGAACUGCAAAAA